AUGUCCUCCUUUGCCGACCUUCCCAAGUUCGAUGAGCUGAAGAAUCCUCAAAGAUACUGGCCGGCCAAACCCGGCAGCAGAGAUGAGGGCCUUGGCAUGCUUCGCUAUCUAACACCAGCCACGUUGCGCAAGCAGCCAAACGCAGGAUUCAACCGCUUUCCGUGUGAGCAUGAGAUUGUCCCAAUACCGAACUAUGAGGGUAUUGCUUGGGAUGACAUCUGGCGCUUCAACCCGCAAGCCUCCUCGCAAUGGGAUGGGUUCCGACACUACAGCACUGAUAUGGGCGAUGGGACUCGAAGGUGGUAUGGCGGCACCACUUCCGACGAAAUCAGCAAGAUGGAGAGUGACCGCAUUGGCGUCGGCCAUUGGGCUCAGGAGGGCAUCGCUGCCCGCGGUGUGCUGAUCGACUACGUGUCGUACGCCGAAAAGAAUGGGCUUGAGCACAAUGGCAUGGUUGGUCAUGCCGUCACCUUAGAAAACGUGAUGGAUAUUGCGAAGGAGUGCAACAUCGAGUUCAAACAUGGCGACAUCUUCUUUCUACGUGUCGGCUUCACGAAGACAUGGGAGUCGUUGAAUCUGGACGAGAAGAAAGCCUAUCGGGCCGAGACGCAGAAGCAUAAGCACAGGCAUAGUGGGCUAAUACAGAGCGAGGCGGUAGCACGGUUCAUGUGGGACAACCAUAUUGUGGCUGUUGCCGGCGAUGGCGUUAGCUUCGAGGUCAGACCGAACCGCAACAACGAGUGGUCGAUGCACAACUACUGUCUGGCUGGCUGGGGUGUUCCCAUUGGGGAGAUGUUUGAUCUUGAACGAUUGGCAGAGCUGUGCAAGAAGUUGAACCGGUGGAGCUUCUUCGUUACGUCGAGCCCUUUGAAUCACCCGCGAGCAGUGGCAUCACCGCCGAAUAUCAUGGCCCUGUUCUGA